CAUUUCAAGGCAAAAAGCGGCGUCCGGUCAAAGUGCCAGCGAGCACGAUAGAGGAAGACGAGACGGGUCGAGGCGGCUCCAUCGUCGGGACUUCCUCGCAGACGCGGACUGGCGGACGCAGUGCCUUCCGACCCGCCGAGGUGUAGCCAGCCAGCCAGCCAGCCACUGCCCCGCGCCGACCGCCGCUCGCACCUUGUCACGAGACUUGGAGUCAGCGCGACGAGGAACAGAGGAACCGGAGAGCCAAGCAACGCCGCCAACAUGCCGCAGGUGUGGCAGAUCGUGCUGUGCGUGGCCCUUCUGCGAGGGACCGCGUUCGCGGCGGACUUCACCGCCGGCCAGGCCGAGGUGGCGCGUGAGGGUCUGCAGGAGGCCCUGGACAAGACCCUGACCAAGUUCAGUACGGUGGAGGACCUGGACCUGCCGCCGUACAUCCGACAGACGGUGCGCACCACGCUGGGCAUCAGCGUGGAGACCGUGAAGCAGGCCACGCACAUCAAGCUGAGCGGGCUGACCUCGCUGCACCGCGGCGGCGCCCUGGGACUGGACCCACUGGUGUCCGGCAAGACCGUCUCCUUCACGCUGCCCCUGCAGAUCGACCAGCCCAAGCUCACCGGCGAGUUCACGCGCACCGUGGCCGGCGUGGGCCCCUCCGGCAACUUCACCACCACCAUCGGCGUGCUGCGGCUCGAGGCGGAGGGCUUGGCGACCGUGAGCCCCGAGGCGUGCUCCUUCAACUUCACGUCCGUCAAGGACGUCGAGGUGAGCGGGGUGGACACCACGAUGGAAGGCGCCACCGUGGCCUUCAACGCCCUGCUCGCCUCCAAGGUGACGGAGGCCAUCAACGAGAAGAAGCUCGGCGUCGGCGAGCCCCUGUCCCGGUUCGUGCUGACCCAGCUGCAGCUCGGCGACGGCGUCUGCACCUCCAACGUGCGCGACCGCCUCAAGACCGUGCCCGCGGCGGCCGCCUGAAGCUGAGCCAGCCACGCCGCGCCACGCUCCGUCAAGUUCUUUGUUUCGCGCCAGUCUGUUUCCAAGUAUUAACGCUUCCCUUCCGCACCAUCACAUUGUACUCACUAACCAUUAACCGACAAUAAACUCGUCCCAAUCACCCAAAAA